AUGGUUGUUAAACUAAAUCACGUUCAAAGUAUUGCUCGUAAUGGGUAUCGUUCCUUUGUCCCACAUAUCAAAAAGAUAACUAUUCAAUAUUGUAAUUGGGGCGGUUCCUCUAAGGGUAUUAGGGAUUUUUUAUCCAGUAAGAGAUUAGAUAAUUUAAUUGAAAAUAACAAACAUAUAGAAUUUGAGAUUGUUAAAAAGUCAGGCCAUCCAAUAUUGAGAGGUGAAUAUGCUAAUGGCAGAGAAAAAGUUAUUUGUGUACGCAAUUUAAAUAUAGAUCUUGUUGAGAAUAAAUUUGCUAUUUUGAGGAACUCUACUGGCGAACAAUUACAUUCGAGAACUAAAAAUGAUAAUGUAGAAAGUUUAAAUAAGAGUGUCAGAGGUAUUUGGUCUCCAUUACAUGAAAUUUUAAAGCAUAAAGUAUGA